UAAACAUGCCUUUCUUGUUCCAUUGGAGAGUGUGAGUGCUACACGUUUUCAAAGGGCCAAAUGGAAGCUGGGAAGCCCCAUGCUGUCUGUAUUCCUCUACCAGCUCAAGGCCACAUUAACCCUAUGUUAUUACUUGCCAAACUCCUCCACUUCCAUGGCUUCCAUAUCACUUUCAUCCAUACCGAGUUCAACUACCAUCGCUUGAUUCAGUCGAGAGGACUCGACUCGCUCAGGGGCUCACCCCAUUUCCGGUUCGAAACGAUAACCGAUGGUUUGCCAUCGACCAACAUGCGGGGGAUACAAGAUUUACCCGACUUGUGCUUGGCGUUGACGGUUCAUGGGUUACGUUCGUUUCGAGAGCUCAUAAUGAAACUUAAUGCUAGGUCAGAUGUCCCUCCGGUUACUAGAAUAAUAUCGGAUGGGGUGAUGAGCUUCACCUUGGAAGUUGCUGAGGCAUUUGGCAUCCCUGAGAUGGUUCUUUUCACUCCUAGUGCUUGUGGCAUGUUGGGUUACCUUCACUUUGAAGACCUUAAGGAACGUGGGUACUUCCCAUUGAAAGAUGAGAGUGAGUUGAAUAAUGGAUAUCUUGAGACGGAGAUUGAUUGGGUACCAGCAAUGAAAGGGGUUAGGUUAAAAGAUAUCCCCACUUUCAUUCGAACCACCAACCCUGAUGAUAUCAUGUUCAAUUACAACUUGCAAUCCGUCAACAAUGCCAGGAAAGCUGCUGCUGUGAUCCUCAACACCUUUGAUGAUUUUGAACAUCAUGUUUUGGACGCCAUUAAAACCAAGUUACCCAAGCUCUACACUGUUGGUCCUUUAUCAAUGCUUCAACGCCGGCUUUGUCCCACAAAUUUGGACUCCAUUGGAUCGAAUUUGUGGAAAGAAGACACCCAAUGCUUGGGUUGGUUGGACAGAUGGAAACCCAAGUCAGUUGUGUAUGUAAAUUAUGGGAGCUUGAUAACAGUGACGCCUCAACAUUUGCGUGAGUUUGCAUGGGGACUUGCGGACACCAACUACCGGUUCUUGUGGGUUAUUAGGCCGGACAUUGUCGAUGGCGGUGGAGAAAGAAUAUUAUCCAAGGAAUUCACGGCGGCGAUAAGCGGCAGGGGUCUGCUUGUGGGGUGGUGCCCACAAGAGAGGGUAUUGAGCCACCCUUCAGUGGGAGUGUUUUUAACGCAUUGCGGGUGGAAUUCCACCAUGGAAAGUGUUAGUGAAGGGGUGCCAUUGAUUUGUUGGCCAUUUUUUGCAGAGCAACAGAUGAAUUGUUUCUACUCGUGCACCAAGUGGGGCAUUGGGAUGGAGAUUGACAGUGAUAUCAAAAGGGAGAAAGUUGAAAGUCUUGUGAGGGAGUUGAUGGAAGGGAUGAAGGGGCAAGGUUUAAGGCAAAACGCCAUAGAUUGGAAGAAGAGAGCUGAAAUAGCUACAAGCCCUGAUGGCUCUUCUUACAUUAAUUUUAAUAAGAUGGUUAUACAGUUGAAACAAGGGAUGCCAAAUGCUUGAACUGUAUCAACUUCCAAGUUUCUGCUAUGGAGAUUUGCUUUUUUGUGUUAUUAAAUCGGAUAAAAGUUCACAUUA